AUGGACGCGGAUAACUUCGCGACGAGCACCGAUGCCAGCCGGGAGAUGAGUCGGCUCUGGCGCACUUGGAAGACCGUUCAUGAGAUGCUUGUGGAUCGGGGUUACGAGGUGUCAGAAGACGAACUGAAGCUCUCGUUGGAAGACUUUGCGCGGAAAUAUUCAGACCCGAUCGGGUAUCCCGACCGAACGAAGAUGAAAAUCCAGGCGCGCCCCACCGAGGAGAUGAAGUUCAAAUACACUGCACUGCCGACCAAAUCGAACCCCAAUCCCCAGCCUGACUGCGGUACCAUCUAUGUUGACUUCUGCCCCGAAUCCUCCUCGCUCGGUGCUAAGCAAGUCCGCACCUUCAAUCACUUUGUCGCCGAGAACAACUUCCACACCGGCAUUUUCAUCACCCAGGUUCCUUUGUCACCAACCGCCGUGCGCAUGCUCAACAGUGUCCCCGGACACAUUGGAGAGACAUUCCAGGAACAAGAUCUGCUCGUCAACAUCACCCGACACGAGCUUGUUCCCAAGCAUGUUCUGCUCAGCCCCGAAGAGAAGGCCAAGCUGUUGCAGCGCUAUCGUCUGAAGGAGUCGCAGCUUCCCCGGAUGCAGGUUUCUGAUCCCGUCGCCCGCUACCUCGGUCUGCGCCGUGGCCAGGUUGUGAAGAUUAUCCGCAAGAGUGAAACCGCCGGACGUUACGCCAGUUACCGCUGGGUCAUCUAG